GUUUAUCAAGCGGGACAUGUUGGUGCUGGAAAAUCAACUGCCCAUGCUUGUUCUUGACAAGCUUCUAGAUAUCAGUGGUAAAAAGGAAGAUGAGGAGUCCAUCAACAACCUGAUACUCGAUUUCUGUUGUUCCGAGACUCGUGACAAAUAUUCACCAAAAUGGGGACAAUGCUUGCACGUACUUGAUAUAUUUCGGAAAUGCCGACUAGGUAAAGACCCCGGCUCCGGCUCCGGCACCGGCACCGGCUCCGGCUCCGGCUCCGACAGAAAAUAUUGUUGCACAAAGCCGAGAAAAGACAAUGCGAAACUAAUCACGCGCUCGGCAACGGAGCUGUUCGAAGCCGGUGUCCGAUUCGAGAAUAAAGAAAGCGACAGCCUUAACGGCAUCUCAUUCAAAAAAGGAGUCCUGAAACUCCCCUCCUUCGUCAUCGACGAUACAACUGAAUCGACGUUUCUGAACAUGAUCGCUUUUGAACGGUGUCAUGUCGGCGCCGGAAACGAGGUGACGUCAUUCAUCUGGUUCAUGGACAACCUCAUUGACACCGCCGCUGACGUCAGGCUCCUGCAGUCCAAAAAGAUCGUCCAUAAUUUCAUCGGAAGUGACAAAGGUGCGGCCAAUCUGUUCAACACCAUCUCGAAGGAGUUGACGAUCGAUCAGAAGAGUGGGCUGGGCUCUGUGCAUUCGCAGGUCAAGGAAUACUGCGAGCAGAAGUGGCAUAGGUGGCGCGCCAAUCUCUGUCAUACCUACUUCACGAAUCCAUGGACUCUAAUUUCCGUCAUCGCCGCCGGCGUUCUUUUCGGUCUCACUAUAUCUCAGACUGCAUUCAGUGCUUUGCAAUACUACCAGAGUCCGAGUCCGACUCCGAGUCCAAUUCCGGGUCAGCAUCACUAG